AUGUUGAAAGGUGUCGAAUUCAUCAAGACCCCUGAACAAGGUCCAAUUGAUCCAAUUUCAUCAAAAUGUGGUAUCAAAACUACUGAUUCUCCAACAAUUUACAAUGCUCCAUUACCUGCCGAUGGUCCUGGUAGUAAGCAUUUCUCCAAUUUAGGUCUUAUUGGUAUCAUGAUUGGUUUACCAUACUACUUAACUUAUAAGAUUGGUUUAGGUUUCAAGACUUUCUUAUUAUUUUUCCUUGUUUUAGCUUUACCAAUCUUAAUGGUUUGGUGGACCAUUUUAAGUACUUAUAGUCCAAGAAUGAAUGAAAAAGUUAAAUUACCAGGUAAACCAGUUGGUGAAUAUUUAGAAUUCCACACUGAAGAAUUAACUAACAAAUACGUUAAAAGUAACAACGGUAAAGGUACCAAAAUUCCAAUGGAAACUUUCCAUGAAUUAUAUUUCGAUGGUAAAGUUAGUUUCAAAGGUGAUUGUUUAGAUAUCUUAGAAUACAGACAUGAUUGGUGUCAAUUUUCAUUCACCUUAUCAUUAUUCAGAUUCUUUUUAUUAGGUAUGAUCCCAGAAGUUAUUAUGCAUUCAAAAUCUCAAGAUGAAGAACAAGUUAGAGAUCAUUAUGACAGAGGUGAUGAUUUUUACACUUGGUUUUUAGGUCCAAGAAUGAUCUAUACUUCUGGUGUUAUUGGUGAUAUUACUAAAGAAGAAACUUUAGAACAAUUACAAGAUAACAAAUUAAAAAUUGUUGCUGAAAAAAUCGAUUUACAAAAAGGUGAUCAUGUUUUAGAUUUAGGAUGUGGUUGGGGUACUUGGGCUACUUACUCAUCAUCUCAAUACGGUGCUAAAGUUACUGGUAUUACUUUAGGUAGAAAUCAAACCAAAUGGGGUAAUACUUUAUUAGCUGAUUACGGAGUUGAUUCUGAUCAAAGUAAAAUUGUUUGUUGUGAUUAUAGAGAUGCUCCAAAAUCUGCUAAAGAAAAUGGUUUAUAUGAUAAAAUUACUUGUUUGGAAAUGGCUGAACACGUCGGUAUUAGAAGAUUUGGUACUUUCUUACAACAAGUUUUCGAUUCAUUGGAAGAUGAUGGUUUAUUCUUUUUACAAUAUGCUGGUUUAAGAAAAUAUUGGCAAUAUGAAGAUUUAGUCUGGGGUUUAUUCAUGAAUAAGUAUAUUUUCCCUGGUGCUGAUGCUUCAACUCCAUUAGCUUUCGUUGUUUCAUCAUUAGAAAAUGUUGGUUUUGAAAUUGUUUCAAUUGAUAACAUUGGUGUUCAUUAUUCUGCAACUUUAUGGAGAUGGUACAGAAAUUGGAUUGGUAACAAAACUAAAGUCUUAGAUAAAUAUGGUAUUAGAUGGUUCAGAAUUUGGGAAUACUUUUUAGCUUCUUCCACUAUUACUUCAAGACAAGGUGGUGCUACUUGUUUCCAAUUUGUUAUGAGAAAGAAUUUAAAUAGUUAUCAUAGAAUCAAUUAUGCUCCAAAGCAAGAUGGUUUAUUAGGUCCUAUUAGCAGACGUUCUGAUUGGGCUAAAACCAAUUAA